AGUGUUCCCGUCAUGAAGUCAGGAGUCAACACUGCUUUGGCGACGGUAGUUUUGUUUGUCUAUUUCAGAGGGUCUUUUUUAUUUUCGAUUAAUGAGGAAAAAAGUAGAGUAUGCUCACCAGGCCGUUAUGGUGUAUAUUGUUUACUAAGAUGUAGUGACAGAUGUCUGAAUAAAACAUGUCACCACUUCAGUGGUCGCUGCACGCAAUGUCACCGCAUGUGCUAUGGAGAUUGUUCAUCGAGUGUGGUUCGUGAUGGAUGUCAACAGAGUUGUAAUACGUCAUGUGCUGGUCACGUGUGUCAUGCAGUGACAGGGGCGUGUCUAGCCUGUAACCCUGGGUUCAUAGGACAACAUUGUGACCAACCCUGUGGUGCAGGCAGUUAUGGCUUUAACUGCAGCCAGACUUGUAGUGAAACCUGUGGGGGAAAUAAAAGCUGUGACCCUAUCACAGGGGCGUGUCUACAUGGCUGUGUAGAGGGGUAUCAUGGGGAGGCCUGCCAGUUAUGUGUAUCUCAACUCAGUAGCGGCUUACUCGGUGCUUUAAUUAGCUCAGUCAGUGUUGUCGUGCUCUUGUUACCUGUUGGUGUUGUACUCAUGGGGAGGAUGCGAAGACAGCAGGUUUCUAGCUCCAAAGACAAAUCAUUUUCUAACAUACUGUACAGCGACGUCUCGGAUAUGCAAUUUGUUUCAGAGUCAUCGACAGAACAGCCGAAUAAGAAUUCAAGUGUUCACAGGCCUAUCUAAAGAUCAAUCUUUAAAAGCGGAACAAAACACAUUAUUGAGUUAGAGGAUAUGAUUUAAGUCUGUGGUUUACAGAU